AUGGCCAAGACUGACCCCAAGACCGUGCAGGACCUCACCUCGGUGGUGCAGACACUCCUGCAGCAGAUGCAAGAUAAAUUUCAGACCACGUCUGACCAGAUCAUUGGGAGAAUUGACGAUAUGAGUGGUCGCAUUGAUGAUCUGGAGAAGAACAACGUCGCAGACCUCAUGACACAGGCUGGGGUGGAAGAACUGGAAGGUGAAAACAAGAUACCUGCCACACAAAAGAGUUGA